UCGUCGUCAGAGGCUGAUACACGUAGAGAAGGGACCUACGAUGGGAUCUUCAGGCAGAAGGAAGAUACUGUGCGCACUGGGCUUGUUCGUCAUCAUCGUCCUGAUCGCAGUUCUCGUCGCAGUUUUUUUCUACGCGAAGAAGGACAAUGGUGUGGUGGCUCGUGCGACUUGCGCUCUCGUCGGAUCCAUGAACGGGACCCUUGUGCUGGAAGAAUUCGAUGAUGGGACGCGGGUCGAAGGACUAUUCCACGAAGUGCCGUUCGGAACGCACGCAAUCCACGUGCACGAGUUCGGCAGCACGGGGAACCAUUGUGAGGAAUCCGGCGGACACUAUAACCCAUUCAAUGUUCAUCAUGGAGGACCUCAUGAUGAGAUAAGACACAUCGGUGAUUGGGGCAACUUCGAAGUGACCGGGAUACCGUUCAUGCUCGUCUUCAACGAUCCAGUCGCGCGAUUAACGGGAGAUAUCGCGAUCAUCAACCGAUCGAUUGUCAUACACAAAGGCGUCGAUGACUACGGGCGGGGGAACACGUCGGCUUCAAAGAUAAACGGGAAUGCGGGGCCACGUCUGGCCUGCUGCGUCAUCAUAGAAGCUUGACCUGGACAGGUCCCGAGUUCGUCGCCUGCGUUCAUUUGUGAGAAAGCUUCUUUCUUCGAAGACAUUGCUUGCGAUAGGGUCGUCUCAACAAGCUGGUUCUUCCGCGAAGGCAUUCUUGGAGGAGUUCACGUUCGAUAUUGAUAGAGGUGGAGCUCUCCUGCGGUUUCCCGGGCCGCAAUCUAAUUAAAUCAUUCGCCUGCUGAGACAAUUAAUGUGAUAUUGUGAUUUUGUCUGAUUGCAUGGGAAGCUCUAUCUAGAAUCACAUCUGGGACUUCAUCCUUGAAGUUGUUAUUCAUUUCGGAAUUGAAUAAACUUUCGAGUCAGAAUCAUAGUAUAAAGU